GUGACGUCGUGGCACGACUUCGACGGGGACGCGCGCGUCGCGCGGUCGACGAUCGAGGGCGCUGGAUACGGAUUGUUCGCGCGGCGGCGGUUAGCGACGGGAGACGUCGUCGAGCGGGCGACGUAUUCAGGCGAUGUUUUGAGCUUGGCGGAGGCGUUGAAGCUCGGAGAUGACGAGAAAGCGUACGUCAUGGCGAUGCAUUUCAACGUGCACGUAGAUGCGAGACGACAUUAUGGGUAUUUGGCGCGGUACGUCAACGACGCCGAGGGGACGCCGUUUGAGACGAAUGUGAAAUUCGAAAAAGAUGUGGCGCAACGUCGAGCGACGCUGCGCGCGGUGAAAGACGUGGAAGUUGGGGAAGAGUUGUUCGCGGCUUACGGACGAGGUUACUGGCGCGCGAAAGUGGGGUAA